AGUACGCUUAUUACGCGCACGUUGAAUCGCCAGUCCGAACUAAUCGAGUUGAAGCAGCAGCAGCAGCAGCAGCUCAGGCUAACUAAGCAAUGCCAGAUCUACUCGCUCAGAAAAAAUGGCGGAUGACAAGGAUCCUCUGAAACAGUUGAAAGAUCUAACUCAGCUUAAAAACCAACUGGAGGAGAUCCAGAGGAGAGUGGAGAGUGAAGUUUCAGCAGGACUUCCACAGGGAAGCUCUGUGUUGGGAUCGCCAUUUCUGAAGGGCUUCCUGGCCGGCUAUGCGGUGGCCAAGCUACGCUCCUCGGCCAUCCUGGGCGUGCUGCUGGGAACAGUCACUGGCAUUUACGCAGCUCAGAACUAUCAAGUGCCCAACAUUGAAAGGACCGUGAAAGACUAUGUGAGCAGUUUGAAAAAAGGACCCAAAUAAUUUGGGCUGACUGCUGGCUUGGCCAGAGACGUAAUGAGCCACGGCUCACUGAGAAUUCACCACUGAUGUAAACUGGAUUAUGGAUAUUUUCCUUUAACUGGAACUUUUCUUGGGAC